GCCCAACCAGGCCCGUCGUCCAUCCCCUCUCCAUCAGUCAUUCCAAGGUCAACCCAAACCCUACCUGGUCCGCGAGUGCGGUGGCGAUGGCGACAUUCUCCGAUGCGCCGCCCGGGGACGCGGCGGCCGGCGAGAAGAUCUUCAGGACCAAGUGCGCGUACUGCCAUGCCGUCGACAAGGCCGCCGGCCACAAGCAUGGGCCAAACUUGAACGGUUUGUUUGGGAGGCAAUCUGGUACAGCUCCUGGUUUCUCUUACCCAUCUGGCGACAAGAUAGUGCCUGUGAUUUGGGAAGAGAACACUUUGUAUGACUACCUGCUUACUCCUAAGAAGUACACUCCUGCCAAGAUGGGGUUCAAUGGACUGAAGCAGCCACAGGACCGUGCUGAUCUCAUCGCAUACCUGAAGAACGCCACAGCAUGAGAGUCCCUGCUGCCAUCUUCCUAAGAUGAAGAGAAGCUUAUUGCUCGUAGCCUCAUACUGACUCUUUGUAACUUGUAAGGUGAACUUUGCAACAAAACUGUGUUGUAAAUUUGUAAUAAUAAGCAGUGGCCUCGUGGAAGAGACGAUGUGCAGCUCAUCCACUUGGGCAGCUGCGAGCUAUUCUUUGGCUGUGUUCUUUGACGUGGGUUGGGAACUAAUCCCAUGCAUAAACAGAGCGACAGAUAAAUAUAUUUUUUAAAUAAGAUAAAUGAUCAAACAGUAUAAGCAAAA